AUGGCACAGACAGUCCACUCGGUUUCCGAGCCAAUCCCCAUCUCCCUGGUCUCUGGCCGGUAUCUGCUAUUCGACAUCAAUGUCGUGACUUACCUUCGCAGGACUCACAAUAUCUGCGGGGUCCUUAUUGGUGGCAUCCCGCAGGCUCCACAGCAGAACGUAUUUCUCGGUCUACCCCUCGAGCUUAUACCCGAGGAAGUCAAGCUCCUCGUGGCAAAGGAGGCUGCAUACAUUGUGGAUGACACAGCUUGGCACAAGGAGCGAUUUAGUACUCUUCAAGGCGAGGAUAGGAGGAAGUAUUUGGAUUCACUUAGGUCUGAAGGUCUUCAAGCUCGCAAAGCGACAGACGCAGCUGCAAAGGAGAAAACCAAGAAAGCCCUCGCGAAGCAAGCUAUGCUGCGAGCACAUAAUAAAGGCGUUACCGCUGAGAAGACCAUCGAUGCCGAGAGUACGGCUACUUCAAGCUUAGAAAGAGUGGAUAGGUUCUUUGAGGAUGCCUCAGAAUCGGGAGACUCCCUCUUCAACAAUGAGCAUCCUCCUUCACCAGAGCCAUCUAGCGCACUGAAACCUUACUUCAUCACUCCCACUACAAGUUACAGUCCUUCAUCUCUCCCAGAAAACCCGCUCCAGCAACCAGACCCACCUGUAUCCUGUUCAUAUCCAUUAUUCUCACAUUUACACAGCCGCGGCUACUACAUAAUGCCUGGGUUAAGAUUUGGCGGCGAUUACAAUGUGUAUCCUGGAGAUCCUCUCCGCUUCCACAGCCAUUUCAUUGCUACCGGCUAUGAGUGGGAUCAGGAGAUACCCGUGCUGGACCUGAUUGGUGGUGGUCGACUGGGUACUGCUGUCAAGAAGGGAUUCUUGAUUGGGGGGGAAGAUAAGGACUCUGGACCUGGAGGGGACAAUGUCAGGACGUUUUGUAUAGAGUGGGCAGGAUGCCUCCGCAAAACCGAUCAUUUCCAUGAUCCGAUUGUCCCCAAUCAACCGCCGCCAACGACCGAACUGACUGAACGUCGAUUGAUUGAUCAACCAUAUGCCAACGCAAUCAUGGCAGCAGCAUCAUUCGACACCGCAGGAGGAGGUUUCUGGACCACAAAUUGGACAGCUGCCUUCAACGCAACCCAAUACGUGCCCUCCGCCAAAGACCUCGCCCUCGCCGGUCCACGCAUGUUCAUGAAAAUAGGUUCCUUCCUCGACGUCGAUAACAUCUUCGGAGUACGAAUGGGGCAGCGCAUCAUCCCCGAAGCUACGGGGGGCGGUGGGAAUUUCGUCGAAGCAGCUACGACGGCCGCAGUGUCCGCGAGAGAGAUAGCACAGUCCGCGGCGGAGAUACUAGUUGAUACGGAUGAGCAGGCCAUUGGGCUGGCGAGUCGGUUCUCGCUGGAGAGCGCGAGGAGUUUUGGGAAUGUGUUUAGUUAUAUGACAUCGAGGUGGGCUAUUUUGUGCGUGGUCAUGGCUAUUGUUCUUAAUCGGACCAAUAUCUAUGCUUCCACGAGAAGAAACCUAGUCCUGCCUUGGAAAGUCCGGCUUGGGGUUCGUAUCAUACCGAUCUUGUUUCUGGCGUUCCAGGCCAGGUAUGCAUUGCAGAGUAUACAGUGCCAAACGUCGCCGGAUUUCUCGAUGCUGAGGUGGGGCAAUGCGUCAAAGCAUUCGGACCUGAUGUAUACGCAGAACGGGGGCGUGUUGCAUACGGUUAGUCGGGGGCUCUUGUUUCGAGGAAGUGAUGAGCAGGCUUGUUUGGCUGUGAAAAUGAUCCCCCCCGAGUAUGAUGAGGAGGUGGCUCUGUCAACGCCUAGGAAGGAGAUGCCGCCGGCAGAACUUUCUGGAUCGCUGUCUCUUCUUUAUCCGCUGUUUCAGACCUUUUGUUUUAGUCAGAUUGUUGAGGCCAUAUCUUGUGCUGCUCAGGGGCGUCUGGUUGCUGCUGAAACAGGAAUGAGUAUCUUCGAGCAUUCUUUGGCUUUCGCGGAGGCUGAAGCUGCUAUUGGGAGUCAGCUGGGAUUUGGAUCUUUUGGUGAUACAAGGAAGAUCAAGGCUUGGACGAACACUACAUCUUCGGAGGAAGCACAGGAAAUUGCCAUUACCAGGACCAUGAUUAUGAAAAGAGUCAACACUACCCCGGAAGUUCUUCUGGUUGGUUUCCUCUCCGCAAUGAACCACUUGACCAGUCACGUUCUUGCAAUCUUUAACUUUCAGGGACGCUUACGGCUUCUCAACACUGGGUUCUGGGGAAUGGCAUUCAUGUCAGCCAUUGGAUUGAGUAUUAUUACUUUUGACGUGGAUGAUAUGUUGAACCAACCCUUGCUACGAUUCCCGACUGUUUGUAUCGUCGGAUUCAUUCCGCAUGUUCUGGUCCUCUGUGGCAUUGUUUGUUGCAUGCUCAUUUACGGAGCUGCGUUGGUCCUCUCAGCACUUGCUCCGCCAAUCAGUCGUGAUGGCGUAUCUGAGCUCGACAUUGCUGCUCAAAAUGGAUCAUUUAUUCAAAGGCUUCGCAAUGCACACCACAACAUGCAGGCCAAUGUCCCCCUGUCCAGCAUCAGAAUCACUAUGCACAUGGACUUUUACACGGCUUUGUUAAGAACUGGCUUUAGCGUUAUGACUAUGGCGAGUGAAGCUGUAUAUCUCAAUGAAAGCCGUGGUGUUAGCAUCAAGCAAAGAACGUGGUUAGAGGAAGAACGUUUACAAGAAAUCGAAACAAUUGGAGCUCAAUGGCUUGGUCCAAGUUUCCGGUCCCAUGCUCCUGAUUCAAAUUUUCAUGAUGGCUUGUCUGAUAAUGUCGGACUCGUUCCAGCAAAGGCCCAACCAACGGACCUACUUCGAGAUUCAUCCAGCGGCUAUGCUCGAGAAAUGACAACGAAAAAGAGAGCCACCAUGAAGGGAAGAGACAGAGGCAUCAGAGAUGGUGUUGGUGCAGCAGAGAGAAGUGGAAGAUGGAUCAUGGCAGUGGAGUUCUUCUUCGGUAUCACCAGAUUAAUGGCUAGCUGGUACGCUUUUCUUGCUCUGAAGCUUAUGGCAAAAGCUGGACUGCGGAGGCGACCAGCUUUUCUUCUCUGGCUAUCUAGGAGACCGAAGUCGUCAUCCCUUUCGGAGGACCCCCAACCAAAGAGGACCGAGCCUGAUUCGUUACAAUUCUGGCUCUUGAGAUCUGAUGGUGAGUUGAUAUUGCCAAAAGAUGAGCAUGUCGAUGUUGAGGCCGAGAUGAGGAAUCGACUUAAAGAUGCCCAAGGAUACACAGAUGAAAGCAAGCUAGAAUCGCACCUCUACGGAUGGUGGCUCAACGGCGGUUGGUGGGGUGGAGAUGAUAGUAGCGGAACCUUCGACCCUUCCGAAGAGGAAAUCGACGAUGACACCACGAGCGUUGUCUCUUUCUCCACAACCGCCUCCAACGACGAUCAAGAUUGGGAAUCUGAUGAUGAUGGCCGUCGAACACCUACUCAGAGUGACCCUCGAUUCUUCUGUGAAGAAACACCCCUGAAUGAUACGCCACUUAAUGCGAGCGACCUCGCAAAAUUGCUGCAUCCUCAAACUCCGGAACAGCGCGCAGAGGCUCAAGCAUUAGCUGCACAUCUCGGAAGCGAGCAGAUCAUGACACGCUCCCGGUAUGCAACGCUCACGCAACGGCAGCGCGCAAGAGUUCUAACCUCGACACUCCUCCACCGCCCGCCCAACCUUUCCCCGUCAUCCUCUCCUCUUACCUUAGAAGAAGAGGCGCAAAUCCUCGAACACCUAAUCCUUACCCGCCGCGCCACGGCGGCUGCAACCUCUACAGCGGGUGUGGGAGGGGAGAUAAUGGACUGGAGCAAAGGCGCAUCGGGAAUGGGCGAAGGCGGACCCAUGUGUUUAAGUCUAUGUGAUGAUUGUAGGGUUACGCUCGCAAUGAAUAAUUUCGACAAGUGUGUUUGUUGUCGGCGGGACGUUGCUAGUUUCUCGAGGAUCUUCGUGCCUUAA